GCAGAGUUCUAAUAGUUUCACUAGCACCAUUUGGCUUUUCACAAUUUCCUAGCUAUCACUCACACCAUGACCAAAUCAAUUCCCUUUCUCAUUCUCCUUCCCCUGCUCCUCUCUCUCAACUCUGGGGGGCAUGUGAAGUUUGCUGAUGGACGAAAGGUUGCUUACAACAACAGUAGCUGGUGUAUUGCAAAGCCAUCAUCAACUGUUUUUGAGCUGAACAUCAACAUUGAGUAUGCUUGCAACAUCGUGGGAGAUUGCAGUGUGAUCCAAUCAGAUGGGCCUUGCUUCAACCCCAACAAUCUAGUGAACCAUGCCUCUGUUGUGAUGAAUCAGUACUAUGCAAUUGCUGGAAGAAACCCCUGGGAUUGUUACUUCUCUGGCUCUGGUCUCAUUGUUACCAAUGACCCAAGUUAUGGGAGCUGCAAGUAUGCUUAGGCCACAGUGGGAACAAUAAUAAGGAAAAAGAUAAAUCUUAGACAUGAUAUUAUAGAUGUUACAUGUGCAGUGUCAUCUUUCUAUCUUUCUAUUACAAUAAGUGGUUUAGUAUAUGACUAUAUGUAAUUAGUGAAGUGAUGGAAUAUAUAUACUGAGGUUUUUAUUGGAAGAAUGAGUUUACAUUGUCUUUCUCUGUAGUUCAUGAACUGAGGUUUUAUAGGAAAAAUACAAAAUAAAUGAUAAAUUGGGGCAUUCCGAGAAUUGAACUCGGGACCUCUCGCACCCUAAGCGAGAAUCAUACCACUAGACCAAAUGCCCGCUGUUGAA